GUGCUUGUCAAAAUAGUCCAGCUUUAAUAAUAAACAAUAAUUAAUAAUUAAAGAUGUGUAUAUAUAGUUAUACACAUGUAGAUACUUAUACGUGCAUAUAUGUAUAGAUACACAGAUGCGCUCCUUCCCCAAAAAACGUAAAUAAAUUUUUUUUAAAUUGUUUUCUUUAAUAUAUUUCCAACCCUAAAAGUGUUAUAUGACCCUAUUUUUUUCAAUUUUGCAACACUAUCGAUCUCAAAUUGGUCACAUUAUUCAGAUAAUUAGAUUAUUUUUAUUCAUAUUACAUCAAAACUUUAAUACUUAGCUUUACUAUUUUAGCUUUUUAUCCUUCAUAGUUAUGCGACAGGAAGGGUGUGUAAAGGUGUCAGUUUGGUGCUACUACCACAGUAGUACAUUUGCAAUAAUUUCUCCGCAUUUGUCUGAUUGUGUUAGAUAAGUACUGAGCGUUUUCUCUUUCCUUAAGCAGAAUAAGUCUAUUAGACUCAAGCCUGCUUCUACAAGUGUAACAGGAAUUUUCCCCGUCUGUCAUUUAGGCAAAGUGGAUUUAAGUUGCUUAUGUUCCCUGAUGAUUAUUUCCUGGUAAUCUGACUCAAAACUAAACGUAAGGAAGGUAUUUUAAUUAUUAAAGCCUUUUAGGCGCACGUUGUGUGUACUUGUUGCCUAGAGACGGUCGCCAUGGAUAACAAAGCCCGGAAAAACCAGCUCAGUUCUGAGGUUCCAGAAUUCCGCAGAAAUAUGAUGUCUUCACUAAAUGCAAAGCCUGGCCUGCACCGCAGUGUGUCAGAGUGGACCAGCAACAAUCAGCAGCUGUCUGUCACAGCUCAACAUGAACGACAUAUUUCGAAUGUCAUCAGACAGGAAGGGAGGACACUACGCAACGAGACUAACUUUAAGACACACUGGGAUGAGACCGAUACGUGUCGUAGGCUGAGUGACCGUGUUUGGGAUGUUGCUCGGUGGAAGGAAGUGUUGGAAACUUGUGCUCAGAAAGUGGAUGAAGAGAUGGAGACUCUGACACUGUCCAAAGAGCACACCGAGCAAGCUUUGGCUGCCACUGCUGUUCCUCUGGAGGUCACCACUGAAUGCCUGACACUGAGGGAGGGACGGCAAGGGCACGAGCUGGUCACGGACCCCGUGGACGAACAGCUGAAGAAAGAGGUGGAGCUGAUUGAAAGAGUGCAGCAAGUUCUGCAGCAGCACACUAGCAGGGCCUUUGAGCAGCUAUGCAUUCUGCAGGAGGUGCGGCACCAGCUGACUGCUGAUCUCCAGAACAAGAUGGAUGCCCUGGAUAUUGACAUGUCCUGUCUGUCACUUACGAUAAAAUCGCCCCACAUCUCCCUAAAGACCAACCCGACACGCAUACCAUCAGGUUCCUCCACCCCCCAGGAGUGGGUCCAGUUCAGCCAGCAUAAUGUGGCUCGUGCCCAUGAGGCGAUGCAGGUUUCCCAGCAAAUAAGGGAGGAUAUGAACCUCACCCGAGCACAGCUGCAGAAUGAGUUGGAGACUCAACGCAGAGCUACAGAUUUUGCUCUCCGCAAACGUAAUCACCACGAAGAGCAGGCCCGACAUGAGCUGGAGUGGCAAAUAAAAACUACUGAGGGGGAAAUGGCAGAAAUGGAAAGUGACAUCCACGGGCUGGAUGCAGAUCUGCAGGCAAAGACAGCCAACCUGAAGCUGGCUCACACCAGACUGGAGACCAGGACCAACAGGCCUAACAUGGACCUGUGCAGAGAUGAGGUGCAGCACGGCCUCGUUAAUGAAGUCCAGCAACUGGAGGCCACGAUCGCGGCUCUGAAGCAGAAGCUCUCUGAAGCUCAGCAGUCUCUGCAGAACAUGAAGCUGCAUCACUCCCGCAUGCUGCAGGAUCUUUCCAGAAAACAGGAAGCUCUGUCUCUGGAACAACGAAGCAUGAACACCCGCGCUCGCCUCACAUCAACCUCCAGCACCGACAAUAAAAACGCGGCGCUCGUGGUCCCGCUGGCAAACUCCAGUGGGAGGAGCAACCUGAAGCUGCUGGCUCAGUGAGAAGAUGGUCUGAAUGUUUUUGAGGGAAAAAAAUCUAAUAGUUAUUUUAAGUUUAAUUUGUUUAACCCUGCGGGCAUAAACAAGCAAUGGAUACACAAAAAUCUACCCACACUAUAAGUUUAAUUUAAAGUAUGGGCACAGUUCGCUUCACAAAGUAGUCCCGAAGAAAAAAAAACAAACUUACUCCAGCUGGAACUUUUCUCCUCUUUUAAAAUUAUUCUCCUGACCUCCUGUUUGUGUGGUUAAUUUGCAUUUUUGUGUAUCAUAAUCCAGCUAGAAAUGAUUGAAUUAUCAUCUCUAAGUUGUGGAUUAAACAGUCUUUUGAGUAAAAUAAAGAUUCACCCUUCAAACUAUAUCAUCAUCAUAUAAUUAUCCAAAAUUCACACGUGAAAUUGCACGUGUUCAUGCCUGUUCGGUUCUUUUAUGCUUUAAUGGCUUUGUUUAGUUUUGCCACACUGUUUGAUCAACUGACGCUGCUGGCAGCUUAAAAGCUGCAAUAAUGAGGGGAACUUUGACUCUGAUAAAAUAACCUGGUAAACAGCCUGCCUAAAAUAAUAAACCUCACCCGGCGCUGUAGUAAAG